AUGGGCAAUGAAGAGAAAAUAUGCAAAGUGUACUUACUACUCAAGGACUACCCGAGUUUCAAUCUAGAAAAAGCGGUUUGUAAUCAUGGAUUCUUCAUGAUGGCUCCAAAUGUUUGGGAUCCGAUUACAAAGUCUCUCAAUCGCCCUCUGAGGCUCUACGACAAUUUGGCUUCCGUCAACGUUACGAUUUCGAAGCCUCCUGAAUACAAUUUUCUCUUGAUACAAGUUCAUGGAGUAGACAACUUAUCAUAUGCUGACAAGGAAGCCAUUUUGGGUCAGGUGUCAAGGAUGAUGAGGCUAUCAACAAAGAAUGAAAAUGAUGUUCAACAAUUUCAAAAGAUUCACCCGGAAGCCAAAAAUGUGGGAUUUGGUCGCAUUUUCAGAUCGCCAUCUUUGUUUGAAGAUGCUGUCAAGACCAUUCUUCUCUGCUUCUGCAAUUGGGAGAAUUCAUUAAGAAUGGCUAGAAAUCUUUGUCAACUUCAAUUGGAAUUGUCCAUUGGAUUGAUUAAAGUUGCUAAACCAGAUCCACAAUCUCAAAAAGGAGGAUACAAGAAGAGAAAGCAUGAUUCUUCUUCUUCUUCUUCAACCCAAACAAAAACCAUACAACAAAGUGUGGGAAAUUUCCCAAGUGCUGAAGAAUUGGCAAGUGUGGAUUUGGAAAUCUUGGAAUACCAUUGCAGUAUGGGAUUCAGAGCAUCCCAAGUCCAUAAGUUUGCAAAAGAUGUCAUCAGUGGCAAAUGUAAACUCAGCCAUUUCGAGACGUAUGAAUCGCAGAAAGAGUUGCAUAAGAAGUUGAUGAAGAUCAAUGGUUUUGGGUACUUUGUUUCUGCCAACAUCUCAAUGUGCUUGGGAUUUUAUGGAAAGGUCCCUGCUGACACUGAGACCAUAAGGCAUUUGAAGGAGGUACAUAAAAGAAAGAAAUGCACUAAGAAAAAUUUCAGAUCAAUGGCUGAAGCUGUGUACAAGGAGUAUGCACCAUACCAGUGCUUGGCUUACUGGUUUGAACUUGCAAAAUACUACGAGCAGAAACUGGGAAAACUCAGUGAAUUACCAAGUUCGCGCUAUGGUUCAGUAUCUGGGAGCCAAUAUGGAAGCACAAUCAACACAGAUUAA